AUGGAGACAAUGAGUCAAGUUGGCGCAGGCUUUUCGUCGGAAACCGCCAAUUUUGGGGUGUACGAGAUCAAGGUUGAAAGCGACCCACAAGAUAAGAUUGAUAAAGUCUCAGCAUUGAGACUGGGGGACUACUGGGACCAGGGCGAUCCAACAGCAAAGGCUUCUAGAAUCGAGAUCCUGCACCGGCAGCCAGCUGUCUCCCGCCGUCCCGGAAACGGGAGGGAACAGCCGAUGUCGCAGCUUAUCCUUGUCAGGCUGCCACUACCGACCUCAUCCUCAAUAAGAACACAGUGGGCACCCUCGAUCCCGUGUCUCCAAAGCGAGACUACGCGAAGCCGUACAAGAUAUGGCUCAAUGGGGCAGUGA